ACACCAGCGCAGCUGCGACGGGACAGAACAUGGAUUCGGAUUGGGCGCUAGACCCUCGGAUGCUGGCUUUCCCCAUCACCAAGCCACCGCCGACGAGAUGGGAAGACGUCUCCUGCGUGCACGGGCGAUGUUCCCGACACUGGGGGCUCAUUCGCGGUCUAAUCGAAGAGCAAAAGAAGGCGAGAAAGAACAGAGGCAGCAGCAGCGCACGCUUGACCGCGACUCUCUUUCGAGAGGUGGUGGCUCGCCUCAGCCUCUCUCUUGAGGCCGUGGACACCAAGGACAAGUUCAGCUGCACUCCCGGGGUCGGCGAAAUGGUGACGGCUCGAAACCCCAAGCACCAGCCCUCGAACAAGACCUUCGUGGCAUCGGCGGCGGCCAUCCUUGUGGCCAUGAGAUUUCCCGAGUUUUCGCCGGACACGCCUACAGGAGAGGUGGAAAACUUCGCCUGGUGCUCCAUGGCCUACCUCACGAACCACAACAAGUUCGACUGCGUGGCGAAGAAGGAUCUCGACGAGAAAGCAACCGUCGCACAGCUACAGGAGCUGGGAGAGCGGCCGAUAUGCAGCAGCCCGGGCUGCAACGCCUACGCCACGAAGCGCAUGGGAGACCUCAGCGAGAGGGUUAAACCCGCCACCUUCCUGAGGAGCGUGUACUGCGACGAACACUAUACGGAGAUGGGAGGUGGGGGGGGCAAGCGCAAGAAAGCCGCUGGGAAGGAUAAAGGGAAAUCCGGCAAGGCGUGCGAUCCGAUGGCCCUCGACGAGCUCGACCUAUCGCCGCUUGAGAGCGACCGCAAUGCAGCAGGCAGCGCACACGACCCACCUCCCUCCCCUCCGAAAGGCGGCAAGAUAAAGGCCGGUUGGUACCGCCGGCUCCUGGGAGAGGCCUUGCUCAAGGUGGAGCUGCACCGGGUAGAAAAGUGGAAAGGGCCGGACGUUGCCAACGGGCUAACCGCUCUGUGGCGGAAGGAGUUCGUCAAGAAUGCCAAGACUAUAUAUUCCCUCACGCCGAACGGUGAAUGGAUGGCGACGCGGCUGGAGCGAGCGAUUGGCGAGGGACCAGGAUCCGGAGCGUCGUCGGGCAAUGUGAACGCGACCACCUUUGACCUCGCACCCCUACAAUGGUGGGACGGAGCGGUAUGCCGGGUUUUCGCCGGCCCGGGCUACGUUUCAGAAGGGAUGAACCAGAAACUGGCCAUCAUCCUUUCCUUUGCAGGAGAGGGGGGGGACAGAGGUGUCGGAGCGAAGUGCAUCAGUUUAGAAACUUGGUCGUUACUGUUGGGAAGGGGUCCUCUGUCAGACUGGGGAAUGCAUAUUCGUUCAUCAGACUGCCCAAAAACUUGCUCCAACUGUCAUGCAGUAGUUAAAAGUCGUGCCGAAGCACAUCAGUACCAAGAGAGUUAUGGGAACUUUGUCUUUUGCACUUGGAGGGGGGGCGGGGGGGGGCGUCCUUGGUCAGACCGGAGAAAACCUGUUCGCCCAUCAGACCCUAAAAAGACUCGCUCCGACUGUGAUAGAUCCCUACCGCCGUAUUCAUGCCACCGGCCUGUAAACAUCACGGAUGAUAAAGAUAAUGAUAAUGAUAGGUACGCGAGCUGCUCGGAGAGGGACGGCGGGGGCGGGGGCGGGACGGCCGCUUCGACCCGCAACGGGCACUCCCCGCUGGCGCCGACGAGAGCCAACGGAGCCGCCAAGCCCGGAGUGAGGCUGCUCAUCGACAACAGGGAGAAACGGGGGGUGACGAGCAACAGCCAGAUUUCUCACCUGACGAACUACCUCAACAGCCGCGGCGUGCCUUACGAGGUUCGGGAGUGGAAGAUCGGGGACUACGGCUGGGUGGUGCAGCCAGAUGCGGGAAAACCUCCCGCAGCGGGGGAGGUAGGGUACGAAAGGGAAUUCGUAGUGCCACGUCUCCUGGAGAGGAAGCGCGUCGAUGAUCUUGCCGAGUCCAUGAAGGACGGGCGCCUGGUCCGUCAGAAGAAGGCCAUGCUUCGCGCCAAGAGCGAAGGAGUCGCGGCCGAGGUUGAAGUGCACGUGGAGGGAGACACGGCAGACGGGCGCUUCGUGGACGAGAUCUACCGUCGAGGCUUGACCCCCGAGGACCUCGACGAGGCGCUGCGUCAGGCGGAAACGCAGGGGUUCAAGGUGGUGCGCCAUAACGACUUCGCCUCCUUCAGCGCCUACCUCGCGGACGCGACGCAGUCCCUCCAGAUACAAUUCGAAGCCAGAUCGCUCGACUUCGAAUCCUUCUUCACCUGGCAGAACCUGAUCCGCUUCAGCAAGGGCCAGGUGCCUGUCACCCCCACGAGCGCGGCUGCCGCCGCUGCCGCAGGCAAAGCCGCAGCUGCCGCCAAAGCCGCGCGCGGAGGCAGGCGGGGUCGGCCCCCGACGUCCGCGGUGGCAGGGGGGUGCGGUCGACCCCCCCUUGCCUCACGGCCUGCCUGCGGCGGAUUGCGCCAGCGCACGCUUGACGGGGCUUUCGGGGUGGCGAGGAGGGGCGAAGACAUCGCCAGGGGAAGCGGUAAGGCGGAGGGUGAUUGCGCCGCUGUCGGCGAUGCGCGGGUUCGAGAAGAAAGUGCAGAAAGCCGUGCCCCGAAGGCUGCGUCGACGUGGGAAGGUGCCAUCGACAUCGACGGGUCCCCCGACCCCGGUGCAGCCUCGGACUCUUCCGACGGGUGCAGCGUCGUCGAAGUAGUCGUUCGCCCCAUCGAUGGAGGCGGUGGUUCCGCUUCCGGCUCUUCUGCCGGUAGCGGUAGUGGCUCGACCUCAGGUAGCAAGGGGAAGUCGGCGCCAGCGGCGGCGGCGGGAACCUCAUCAUCAUCCACCGCAGGUGGAGGCGUCUCCUCCGCAGCUGCUGCUUCCAGCGUCAGAAGAACAUCGCCGAUAACUCUGUCCCCGUCAGAACCAGGAAGGUCGGCAACCUCGUCGAGAUCAGUUCUUCACGGGGGGGAGGGGGCGGAGGACUCUCCGCUGCCGACGACGUUAGCAAGGGGGGGCGGGGGGCAGAGCGGUAGCGUAGGCCGGAACUCGAGCAGUCGCAGGAAGCGCCCUCGGCCGGCGGACGAGGGUAGUCGUGACGGAGACGGUGCCUCCUCUCCCCUCCAGUAUUGGGCGCAGGGCAUCAAAAGUGGUGAUGGGAGGGAGUGGGGCGGUGUGGAAGGGACAAGAAUCAAGAAGGCGCGGUCGCUCUCUUUCGUAUGCGACGACGAGGACGACGAUCAAAAAGGUGGCGGUGGGAGAGGCGGCGACAGUGAUCUGCGGCAGGCAAACAGCUCCGGGAGCGCCAGCGGUAGCGGCGGUGGUGGGAAGGGGUCGGGAUCGUCGCUCGGUUCCUUGCCCCCUGCCGCUUCGCGUUCGGUGGACGACGGUGGCGGCGGCGGCGGCGGUGGUGUCGUGGACCUCAGCCUGGAUAGCCCGUCGCCCCCUGUGCCGCCGCGCUCUCGGCCUCGAACCGCCGUUUCGCCGCCGAGACCGACCUCCUCAAGCGGCGGGGCAGUCAGCGGAGGGGCAGGAACGGACGGUAUCGUGCUAGAAGCGUGUUCUUCGGACGAUGAAUUUGCUUUGUAGUGUUGGGGCAUGAGGCGAAAACUCACGGAACGUCGGCGCACGUCAUUAAUCAGUGCGCUGAUUGUGUGUGCCUGCGGGCAUAAGGAUUUACUCUUCCAGCAACGUGUUUAGUACGUAGUGUAAAAGGUCCCUGAUUGGUUACACCGACUAUUUUAUUUCGGGCUGUUCGCCUUUUUUAUUGGGGGGGGGGGAAUUACAGUAGUUUUAUGUGGUGGCCUGUCACGGAAGCGUGCGCGUGACGGCGUCCGCCAAUGUGUGAUUUUCGUUCAAGCAUAAUCUUUUUGUUUUAGGUUGUGCAGACAGGAAGAUGAAAUGGAGUAGGUAACGUUGCCGAGGGGGGAGGC